ACAUUUCAUUCUACGGUUGCCUAGAGUGGUUAGUAGCUACUUGUUAUUUUCUGAUCGCCGAACUGUACAUUUCGCCGGUGAUUUGCUUGCAAAUUUUACGUUUCCCGCGUACUCAGAGUUAGCUUUUCAUUAUUUGCACCGUUUGGCAGCAAUCCAUUACAACUCAAAUUAUACACUCGACGCGCAUCAUCAACAAUAUGCAUCAACUGACUAUGAUUCCUCCAGUCGUUUGGGCACAACGUAAUAAUGUGAUAUAUGUUACUAUUUGCGUAGAAGAUAGCGUAAAUCCAGAUAUUAAAAUCGAACCUGAACAAAUAAUUUUCCGUAGUAUUGCUGGCUUUGAAGUUAAAAAUCUGUAUGAAAUCACCAUACCAUUGUAUGCACCAAUAGAACCUGAAAAUAGCAAAACAACAGUUAGUGGUAGAAACAUUGAACUGGUUUUGCAAAAGCCAUCUACUGACACCAAAUAUUGGCCACAUUUAACCAAAGAGAAAAAGAAAUAUCACUGGUUAAAAGUUGACUUCAAGAAAUGGAAAGAUGAAGAUGAUUCAGACGAUGAGACUGGAUCAGGCGCUGGUGGAAUCGGUGGAGAUGGAAACAUUGAUGAUAUGCUUAGUAUGAUGGGUGGAGGCGGCGGUGGUCCUAAAUUUGGAGGAUUAGGAGAUUAUAAUGAACCUUCUGAUGAGGAUUCAGAUGACGAAGAAAUGCCUGAACUUGAUGACAUUGAGAAUGAAACUGCGGGCAAAGGUAAAGAGAAGAGCGAAGAAACCAUGCCUAACCUUGAAGAAGUAAAACCGGCAACAACUGCCUAAUUUCUACUAUUGUCAUUAUCUCAUUCUUCCGAAUUUUUGUUCACAUAAUAAUACGGUUUAAUUUAAAUGAUUUUGUAUGUGUAAUUUUUACAUCAAUCGAACAUAAUUUGUGCUCUAGUGUGUGCAUCAACAUUUCUCAUUCAGUUUAAAUGCCUAUUAUUGUUCACUUCGCCUGAUUUAUUUGUGAAAAUAUCGUUGAAUUUUCUUCUCCCCAUUCCUUUUUGCACCAUUAGAAAUAAAAUUCCUGGAUUUUUGUCAUA